GUUGUGUUUGUAGUUUUCUAGAGAGAGAAAGAGAAAAGAUAAAUAGAGUGAGAGAGAGUUUGAGGAGAGAGAAAGUGCAAGAAAGAGAGAGAAAGCUUUGGCUUCUUUGUUGGGUUGAGGGGUUCCAUAUUCGGAGACCCCCUUUUGUUUUUGUUCCUUCUUUCUUUCUUCUUUUGCUUUCCCAUGUGUUGUUGUUUGAAGAAGAUCUAGUUCAGUUUUUGCUCAUUUUGGUGCAUAUCUAAUCGAGGAAGUGGGAGGUUGCGAUGUCUUCUCUUAGUAGAGAAUUGGUGUUCUUGAUCUUGCAGUUUCUGGAUGAGGAAAAGUUCAAGGAGACUGUUCACAAGCUUGAACAGGAGUCUGGAUUUUUCUUCAAUAUGAAGUACUUUGAGGAUGAAGUGCACAAUGGCAAUUGGGAUGAGGUUGAAAAGUACCUUUCUGGUUUCACUAAGGUAGAUGAUAAUAGAUAUUCUAUGAAGAUAUUUUUUGAGAUAAGGAAACAGAAGUAUCUUGAGGCAUUGGAUAAGCAUGACCGGUCCAAGGCUGUAGAAAUAUUAGUAAAGGAUUUGAAAGUGUUUGCUACUUUUAAUGAAGAAUUGUUCAAGGAAAUCACACAGCUUUUGACAUUGGAGAAUUUUAGGGAAAAUGAGCAAUUGUCUAAGUAUGGUGAUACAAAAUCUGCUAGAGCAAUCAUGUUGGUUGAGCUCAAAAAGCUCAUUGAAGCGAAUCCUUUGUUUCGUGAUAAGUUGCAAUUUCCCAACCUUAAGAACUCAAGGUUACGGACUCUCAUCAAUCAAAGCUUGAAUUGGCAGCAUCAACUUUGCAAGAAUCCACGGCCAAAUCCUGAUAUAAAAACUCUUUUUGUGGAUCACUCUUGUGGACAACCAAAUGGUGCACGAGCUCCUUCACCUGCUAAUAAUCCGCUAUUAGGGUCCUUACCAAAGGCCGGAGCAUUUCCUCCUCUCGGUGCACAUGGGCCUUUUCAACCUACUCCAGCACCAGUGCCGACGCCCCUGGCUGGGUGGAUGUCAAAUCCUACCACUGUGGCACAUCCUGCAGUUUCUGGAGGUGGAGCUAUAGGUCUUGGUGCUCCAUCAAUCCCUGCUGCUUUGAAGCAUCCAAGGACUCCUCCAACUAAUCCCUCUGUUGAUUACCCAUCUGGAGACUCAGAUCAUGUUGCUAAGAGAACUAGACCAAUGGGAAUAUCCGAGGAGGUAAAUCUACCCGUCAAUGUGUUGUCGGCAACAUUCCCUGGUCAUGGUCACGGUCACGGUCAUAGUCAAGCUUUUACGGCACCUGAUGACUUGCCGAAGACUGUCGUGCGAACUUUGAAUCAGGGUUCAUCACCUAUGAGCAUGGACUUCCAUCCUGUGCAACAAUCUUUACUUCUUGUUGGCACUAAUGUUGGGGACAUCGCUUUGUGGGAGGUGGGGUCUAGGGAGCGGUUGGUCUUGAGGAAUUUCAAAGUUUGGGACCUUAGUGCAUGUUCAAUGCCAUUUCAGGCUGCACUCGUCAAAGAUCCUGGUGUUUCUGUCAACCGAGUGAUUUGGAGUCCUGAUGGUGCUUUAUUCGGAGUUGCUUAUUCAAGACACAUUGUUCAAAUAUACUCUUAUAAUGGCGGGGAUGAUGUGAGGCAGCACCUUGAGAUUGAUGCUCAUGUUGGUGGAGUAAAUGAUCUUGCAUUUUCGCAUCCAAAUAAGCAACUAUGUGUGAUAACCUGUGGUGAUGAUAAGACCAUUAAGGUGUGGGAUGCUGCUACGGGUACUAAGCAGUAUACUUUUGAGGGCCAUGAAGCUCCAGUAUAUUCUGUAUGCCCACAUUAUAAAGAAAACAUUCAGUUUAUUUUUUCAACGGCAUUAGAUGGAAAGAUAAAAGCAUGGCUGUAUGACAAUUUGGGAUCUCGUGUUGAUUAUGAUGCACCUGGUCGUUGGUGCACCACCAUGGCUUAUAGUGCUGAUGGAACAAGGCUCUUUUCGUGCGGGACAAGCAAAGAUGGGGAAUCCUCUAUUGUUGAGUGGAAUGAAAGUGAAGGAGCUGUCAAAAGGACUUAUCAAGGAUUCCGUAAGCGGUCUUUGGGUGUUGUGCAAUUUGAUACCACCAAAAAUCGAUUUUUGGCUGCUGGUGAUGAUUUCUCCAUAAAAUUCUGGGACAUGGACAAUGUUCAGCCUCUGCAAGCCAUCGAUGCUGAUGGGGGUCUUCCUGCAAGCCCACGUAUCCGAUUCAACAAGGAUGGAACACUUCUAGCCGUCUCUGCGAAUGAGAAUGGAAUCAAAAUUUUAGCCAAUGCAGAUGGUAUGCGUUUGUUGCGCACAUUAGAGAAUUCUUUAUAUGAUGCAUCACGAACAUCAGAAGCCAUGGCAAAGCCUACCAUAAAUCCAAUUUCUGCUGCUGCCGCCGCAGCGACUAGUGCCGCACUUGCGGAGAGGGCCUCUUCUGUAGUAGCAAUUCCCGGAAUGAAUGGGGAUGCACGGAACUUAGGUGAUGUUAAGCCUAGAAUAAGUGAAGAAUCCAAUGACAAGUCAAAAAUAUGGAAGCUCACUGAAAUAAAUGAACCGUCUCAGUGUAGAUCCUUGAAGUUACCAGACAAUGUGAGAGUACCAAAGAUAUCAAGGUUGAUAUAUACAAACUCUGGUAAUGCUGUUCUUGCAUUAGCAUCAAAUGCUAUUCACCUUCUCUGGAAAUGGCAGCGAAAUGACCGUAACUCAUCUGGCAAGGCCACUGCCAGCAUGCAACCUCAAUUGUGGCAACCAUCAAGUGGCAUUCUGAUGACUAAUGACAUUGCCGAUAGUAGUCCCGAAGAUGCUGUUCCAUGCUUUGCUCUGUCCAAAAAUGAUUCUUAUGUAAUGUCCGCCUCAGGAGGGAAGAUAUCCCUUUUCAAUAUGAUGACUUUUAAGACAAUGACGACAUUCAUGCCUCCACCACCUGCAGCAACCUUUCUUGCUUUUCAUCCUCAGGAUAACAACAUUAUUGCCAUAGGCAUGGAUGAUUCCUCCAUUCAAAUAUAUAAUGUCCGCGUGGACGAGGUUAAAAGUAAACUCAAGGGUCAUACUAAAAGAAUAACUGGUCUUGCUUUCUCACACGUAUUGAAUGUGCUAGUUUCAUCUGGGGCAGAUGCCCAGAUUUGUGUGUGGAAUACUGAUGGAUGGGAAAAGCAGAAAAGUAGAUUCUUGCAGCUUCCUCCCGGGAGGACUCCGUCAGCGCAGGCAGAUACGCGUGUACAGUUUCAUCAGGAUCAGAUACAUUUCUUGGUUGUACAUGAAACUCAGCUAGCAAUUUAUGAAGCAACAAAGCUAGAAUGUUUGAAGCAGUGGUUCCCGCGAGAUUCAGCUGCACCAAUAUCGCAUGCGACUUUCUCGUGUGAUAGUCAGCUGAUAUACGCCAGCUUUUUAGAUGCAACAGUGUGUGUAUUUAGUGCUUCAAACCUCAGAUUACGAUGUCGAAUCAAUCCGUCUGCUUAUCUUUCAGGAAGCGUCAGUUCCAACGUACAACCGCUUGUAAUUGCGGCGCAUCCGCAAGAACCGAAUCAGUUUGCAAUAGGGCUGUCAGACGGCGGAGUUCACGUGUUUGAGCCGCUUGAAUCGGAAGGCAAGUGGGGUGUGCCUCCACCAGUUGAGAAUGGUUCAGCAAGCAAUGUGGCAGCUCCAUCAGUUGGAGGACCCUCUUCAGAUCAACCUCAAAGAUGAUCCAUGAUCCAUGUCAAAAGACUAGUUCUUUUAUAAGAAUCGAACAAUCUAUUUCUCUUCAGAUCAACCUCAAAGAUGAUCCAUCAUCCAUGUCAAAAGACUAGUUCUUUUAUAAGAAUUGAAUCUAUUUCUCUUCUUUUCACAUUGCA